GAUUUCGAUGCACUCAAUUAUGCCAGAUCUGGCCACACUGUAUGUACGUGUUGGAAUUCAACUUUAUAUUUUUUGCGUGUAAUAUGGGACGUUGUAAAUAAUAAGAAAAUACAAAAAGAAACCUAUUUUUUUUCUUGCGAAAUUCUGCAUAUAUUUCAGAAAUGUCCCGUCAUCGAGACGUUCGAUCUAUGAAUUAUUCAGAAGAGUAUGAAGGUUAUGAUGAUGUCUAUGGACAUUCUGUGGAAGAUGACUACUGUGUAUCUCCUAGUGUGGAACAAUUUUUAUUUGAUCGAAGUAAACAACAAAAUAUGGCAUCUUUCAUUACGGAGCCAGAUAUAGUGGAAGAUAAUGAGGAUGUUGUAGAAUCUACACCUAAAGAAGAAGAGACAAUACUCACAGAAUUAGAAAAAGCUAAACUUAUAUCAUGUAUGGAAUCUAUCAAGAACAUUAUAGGAGACACUGCACCUGACUUUGAGAUAAAGAAGAGAAUUAUUCAAUCAAAUUUUAAUGCAGAAGUAGCACUUGAUUUACUUUUAAAAGAAUCUUCUCCAAAAAAUGUUACUGAAUCACCUGCAAUCAGCAAGGAUAAUACAGAACAUUAUCCAGAUGCUGCAUCUAUUAAAUCUCAAUCUAGUCCGUUUAUUAUACCUAAAUUAUCAUUUAAGAAACAGAAUAAUAUAAGUAAAAAGUUGUUGUCCAAAUCUACAUUUCAAAUUACACCUUCCAACGUGAAAAUUAUUCCUGCUGGAAAACGAUCUGUAGUAAAGGGUUUCAAUUUAAGUGGAAUAGAGAAUAUUGAUCAACUGAAUUCUCGCGUUGAAAGUCCUCGUUCUCAAAGCCCAUUUUCUGAGUAUAACAGUCCAGAAAUAAGGAGAAAAAAACAUACUAUAUCAAAGGAAAAAAAAGUGAUUUCUUCUAGUACAAACAGCCCACAAUGUCAGUCACCCAUAUUAGAACAUGUGAUGCCUAAUUUGGAUUCUAAAGCAAAACUUAGUGAAGAAAAAAUUGAUGCUUUAAAAAUAUAUAAAAGUAAAAGGGAAAAUAGCAAAGAACAAUUACAUUUAGUGGUGGUUGGACAUGUAGAUGCAGGUAAAAGUACUUUACUGGGUCGACUUUUAUGUGACUUAGGACAAGUUCCAUCAAGAUUGAUUCACAAAUAUCAGCAAGAAAGUAAGAAGAUAGGAAAACAGUCAUUUGCAUAUGCAUGGGUUCUUGAUGAGACAGGAGAAGAACGAGAACGUGGGAUAACAAUGGAUAUUGGUCAUUCAAAAUUUGAAACAAAAACAAAGUCUAUUACUAUAUUGGAUGCACCUGGACAUAAGGACUUUAUACCCAACAUGAUUACUGGUGCUACUCAAGCAGAUGUGGCUUUAUUAGUAGUAGAUGCUACAAGAGGAGAAUUUGAAACUGGGUUUGACAGUGGAGGUCAAACUAGAGAACAUGCAUUGUUAUUACGUUCAUUAGGCAUAUCACAGUUGGCAGUGGUAGUAAAUAAAUUAGAUACAGUGGAAUGGUCAGAGGAUAGGUUUAAUGAAAUAAUUGACAAAUUGAGUGUAUUCUUGAAACAAGCUGGAUUCAAAGAUAAUGUUACUUUUGUUCCUUGUAGCGGUCUAUCUGGCGAAAAUAUAGUAACAAAAUCUAAAGGAUCUUUAUCUAAUUGGUAUAUGGGACCUACAUUAGUCAAUGUCAUUGAUAAUUUUAAGUGUCCUGAUCGACCUAUAAAUAAACCAUUCCGGUUUUCGAUUAAUGAUAUAUUUAAAGGUUCUGGAUCUGGAUUCUGUGUUUUUGGGCAUAUAGAAACAGGGAUGGUGUCUCUAGGUGAUAAACUUUUAGUACUACCAAGAAAUGAAAUUGCAAUACUUAAAGGUUUACAAGUGGAUGAAGUAUCUAUAACAAACGCAUUUGCUGGGGAUCGUGUUGCUUUAACAUUGUCAGGAAUCGACCAACAAAAUGUUGGAAUUGGAGACAUUAUUUGCAACCCACAAUACCCAGUUCCUGUAACUACGUGUUUCCAAGCACAUGUAGUCAUUUUUGCAGUUAAAAUGCCAAUCGUAAAAGGUCUUCCAGUAAUAAUGCAUCAGCAAUCUUUAGUACAACCUGCUGUGAUUUCAAAAUUAAUUGUUCAGCUUCACAGAACGACUGGUGAAAUAGUAAAAAAGAAACCACGCUGUUUACCAAAAAAUUCGAGUGCUAUUAUCGAGAUUGUAACACAAAAUCCAGUCUGUAUGGAAUUGUACAAAUAUAUCAAACAAUUAGGACGAGUUAUGUUACGCGUAGAAGGAAUAACCGUUGCUGCUGGACUUAUUACAAAGAUUAAGUAACAGUGUAAUAAUUAUUAUUUUACUUAUUUAGAGUCGUAACUAUAGAUAAAAAUUUUACUAUUCAUGUAGAACUGUGCAUAUAUUACAGCUAUUAUAUCUACAAAUUGAUAAAACUAUAAAGAAAUUAAUAAAAGUUUCAUAUGGAGUUAAACCAACAUGUAUGUACAUAUAUAUAA